AUGAGUCAGCCGCCCAGAAGUAACCGGGGGCAGAGGGAGCGAAACGGGGGUGGCAACAGGGAAAACCGCCACAACGAUAGACCACCGCCCAGCGACAGGUCGAGCCGACCCCCAUAUUACCCGGACGAGCGCUCACAACCGCGCCCAGCUCGGAGCGCCCCCCGAAAACAAAAAACGGAGUCGAAAUGCACACACAUCUGCUCUAGGAGAGGUAUAGUGCUGAUAUGUGCAGUCCUGACCAACGUUUUGGUUCUGAUCUGCAUUGUGUCCGCGUACAUCACCAUGUCGGGAAUGUCCAGGAUGAGCAGUUUCGCGGGAGGGAGUUUCAUUGGCGCCAACAUUCCCUUCGAGGGCACGGAGCUGCAGCAGGUCCGUGACCUCGACAUGCAGUACGGGCAGAUGAGAGCUCCGGGGGUCUACGGGGGCGUGGCCUUCAGCCUCGUCAUGGGCGUCGUCUCACUCCUGUUCGUCGUGUCAGGGAACAAGCCUGCUCACCGGCUGCCGCGCAAACUCCUGGUCUGUCAGUUCAUCUUCCAGCUGGUGGGGGGUGUGGCCUACGUGGUUGCCGUGGGUUUGUACCUGCACUUUGUGAUCAAAGUCAACUCGACAGAAGUGUGUCAGAUGCGCGAGAGACUGUACGCGCGGAACGGCCAGUCGUGGAUGAAUUGUGACGUGAGCGGGGCGGACGCCGCCGUCGCGUUGUUCGGACUCUUAACGGCCAUUCUCUAUGCGGCGGGGACCAUUCUCACCUUCCAAACGAUUCGCUACGUUCAGCAGUACCACAAGGACCGUAAACACUACGAAGCAGAGCGCCAGUCACGUCCCAGAGCCACCCAGAAUGCACCUCUCCAGCCAGAUGCCUACGUUUAG